AUGGCGAAUCCCUUGCACUUUAAGGAAAGAAACCCUACAGUGAUUAGCUAUGGAAUUCAAACAAAUUCAGCACCAGAGAUGAAACGAGGAAGGUUCGAAGAUCCUACGUUUAAGUUCCAGAUACCUCUUCAAGUUGCUGCUGAGCGUGAAAUCGCUAGGUCUUUAAUUGGAGAUCCAAAGUUUAACUGGGUUUUCGGAUUUAAAGAGUUUCCACACCUAGCUAUUGAAGCUGUUGUUGCAUUGGACGCAGUAGGACCAAGUUUCUUCCUUGCCAUUGCGAUGUAUGGUUUUGUACUUCAACUCAGUUCUUUGAUCACUGAGAAAGAGCUCAAACUUCGCCAGGCAAUGACAAUGAUGGGUGUUUUUGACACUGCUUAUUGGUUGGCAUGGCUUACAUGGGAAGGGAUUCUUACAACAAUCUCGGCGCUCUUGAUAGUUCUCUUUGGAAUGAUGUUCCAGUUCGACUUUUUCUUGAAGAACAGCUUCUUUGUCGUCUUCUUACUUUUCAUGCUUUUCCAGAUCAAUAUGAUUGGAGGAUCAACUGGGUUUCCCUAUUCCAAGGAUCGUUCUCUCACGCUUAGGGUGCUCUGGUCGCUCUUCCCACCCAAUACCUUUUCUCACGGUCUCAAGCUGCUUUCUGAUGCAACUUCAACUCCUCAAGAUCCUGGCAUUAGUUGGAGUAAGAGAGCAGAAUGUGCACCAAACGAUGACAUUGAUUGUGUGAUUACAAUUAAUGAUAUCUACUUGUGGCUUAUUGGUACAUUCCUUUUGUGGUUUGUUCUGGCUCUCUACUUUGACAAUAUUGUUCCAAGCGCGUCCGGUGUAAGAAAAUCUGCCUUUUAUUUUGUGAAACCUGGUUACUGGACCGGUAGAGGUGGCAACCGACUGGAAGAAGGUGGGAUUUGUAACUGUACUGGUUCAGUCCCACCUGUUGAUCACAUCACCCCUGAUGAUGAAGAUGUCCUUGAAGAAGAGGCUUUAGUUAAACAACAUUCAAUGGAGGGCUUAGUUGAUCCGAAUAUUUAUGUUCAAAUACGUGGUCUUGCAAAGACUUAUCCUGGGACGACCAAAUGUGGAUGCUGCAAAUGCAAGAAAACUGCCUCUUGUCACGCUCUGAAGGGGCUGUGGAUGAAUAUUGCCAAAGAUCAACUAUUCUGUCUUCCUGGACCCAAUGGCGCAGGGAAAACAACUACUAUCAAUUGUUUGACAGGCAUCAAUCCUGUUACUGGUGGCGAUGCACUGAUUUAUGGGAACUCUGUAAGAAGCUCUGUUGGUAUGUCCAACAUCCGUAAAAUGAUUGGAGUUUGUCCUCAGGUGAGAUAUUUUCUUGUUGCUAUCAGCUUCUGCCAUUUUCCUUUAGCUACAGAGAUUUGA